AUGGAGUCCGUUGCUGCACACAAAGAUGAAGUCACUCACGUUGAGUCGAAAAUUGACGAGUUGAAAAGAAAGUCUGUGGAUGCCAAAGACGUUGCAGAUCAUGAAGCUAAGAAUGGUAAUGAUGAACCAGUUGUCAAGAAGAUAAGAAAAGAGACUGGUGAUAACGAUAGCGACGAGAAGUCUCACAGUCCGGAGAGUAGACCAACGGAGGGUGAGUUGGACGAAGAUGGCACCGAAGACGAUGCCUCACAAGACACCAAAGACACCAAUGGGACAAGCGAACACGUAAACGGCAGUAACGGUGAACAUGUCAGUGAACAUCAAACUGAAAAAUCAGAUGAUGGGUCCGAUUCGGAAUCGGAAAGGGGUGAUGCACCUUCAGUCGACAAGGAGUCAAACGAAGAGGCCAGUGAUUAA